AAAACCUCCAACUCUUUCCUGCCUCUGAAACAAUGUUGAAUGAGAGCUUCACAUCUUUAUCUGUCAUUUGUAGGGGCCUCCAGCAGCUACAUGAGUGCCAUGGGGGCUAUAGGGCCAAUGCCAUCGUCCACCUACAGCAGGUGGGAUCCUUCCGGGUCUCCUCAGUCAUCUGCCUUACAACAGGACUUCCAGUUUCCUUCUGCUGGGGCCUACUUUCCCAGCGUUUUGGCCCCUUUGGCUUCUGAUCAGAGUCAGACUUUCGGCUCCGCGCUGACCACAGGUUAUGCUCAGCAAUCACAGGAAUUCAGCGUUCACUACGUAGAUUGUCCAGUAACAGCAGCCCUCCCUGGCUCAGUCCAUAUGGGGGUACAGCAGUCUCCAAGCUACUCUUGGCCACCUGUGAGCAGCCUCCAGCCUGCUGGUGACCCAAGCCAUCAAGGAUUUGCGGGAGAGAUGGACAGUCAGAAGCUGGAAGAGGCCCGGAUGUACAUCCAGGGAAUGGAUUACUGCAAGAAGAUGUGGCAGGAUGAAGACGGAGACACAAUUCUGCACAUCUACACCGCAAAGGGGCUGAGGGAGUACGCCUUUGCGGCUGCGGAGGAUCUGUGCAGCCUGGGGAAGCUGGACUCCAGGGAGCACAAGGGCAAGACUGCUUUGCUGGUGGCAGUGACAGCCAACCAGCCACUCAUUGUGCAGGACCUCCUUUCGCUUGGGGCAGACAUAAAUGCUUGUGAUGACAAGGGCCAAACUGCACUCCACCUGGCUGCUACCUACGGGUUCCCCAGGGUCAUGCAGACAAUUCUGUCCAUGGGACUGAAUGUGAACUUGGAGGCUCGCAAUUUUGAAGGGCUCACCCCUCUGCACUGCGCUGCCAUCUCCCACAGCAACACCAUGAAGGCGCUAUGCUCGACCGUUCCCGGCCUGGCUGAUGUUGGCCUGCAGUCCCAGGCAGAGGACAAGCUCUCAUGUGUGCAGCUGCUGCUCACCUACGGAGCCUCCAUCCUCAGCCAGGACAUCAAGAGCAAUAAGACAGUGCUGCAUCUGGCUGUGAAGGAGGGAAACGUCCAGCUGGUGCGCUUCCUGCUCAGGAUUAACCUGCCCGACAUGCAGGCCUUCGUCAACAUGAAGGCGCACGGGAACACUGCUCUGCACAUGGCUGCUGGCCUGCACAGCAGCUACCACCAGGAGGAGAUCAUUCGCUUGCUGCUGAACCGUGGGGCUGAUCCCGGUGUGCGCAACCUGGAGAACGACCAGCCCGCCCACCUUCUGCAGAGUGGGGACAGGGGAGAACAGCUCAAGUUUAUCCUCAAAAAGCGAAAUGCUGCUUCUCGACGACGUGUCACAUCCUUACAGGACCAAGAAUGAAUUGGACUGCUUUCCAGUCCCAUUGUGUCCCUCCUCAUUUGCCCUCAAGAAUGGGGAGGAUCUACUGUAUCUUCGUAUGAGGAAAUUUUCACAGAAAGCACUUCUAAUUUAUUUUAGAGCCCAUACUUUGCAGUCUUGUCUUCCAGGAAAAUCAACAAUUUUGAAUUUUGUUUUCUUUUUUGAGGGAACAGCCAGUGACUUAUAAAGCUUCUUCUCUGGAAUAUGCAUGCUUUUGUUUCAUUGUUUGGCUUGUAGUCAAUAGGAUGCGUCCCUGCUCUGUUCAAAGAAAGUCUUGAGACCCCGAUAGUGAUGGCUACUUUUGAACACCACGUGAAAUAUCAGCCAGAACGUCAUUACUUUUUAGAAAAUAUAUUUAUAAAAAUAUUCCCUAGUGUGUUCUUUUACACUAGAGAACUAUGGUACAGUGUCUUUUAUUGAACAUGCUGUAUUUGUUCUUGUGUCACUUCGACACCAUUUGUGGCUUAGGAGAGCCUACAGAAGUCUACUUGUUGAGUUCCGCAUUCACAGAAGGACACUGCAGGUCUUGCUUUUUCAGUAUCUGAACUUCCUUAUAUUUAUUGAUUCAUAGGCCUUCGUAGAUGCCUUAUUAGCCGUAAAUAUAUAUCAUUGAAGCAGACCAUUAAUGUUAUAAACUCAAAUGUCUUGUUUUAUAAGUGUAACUUUUACUUUGUCAUAUGUCAAGGCUUUCACAGUGGGAGCAUAUCUAUCGGUAAACAUGAUUUCUGAGAAAUCGUUAAAUGAAGACAGGUGUGUGAUUCAUUCCUGCUUCCCCCCCAACAAAAAACUCCCAGCCACCAUCAGAAACCAUAUUGGUUCAUUGAGAGGUGGUCAUCAUUCCAGGAAGCGUACAUAACACUGAAUCAGUGUGCUGACGUUUCACAAAGUGCUUGUUUGGUUGUUUGUGACGAGUCUUAAACGUGUUUUAUUGCUCUGAUUUGUUCUACAUUUCUGGGACUUUGUAACUUCUGGAAAAGCAAUUGUCAGUGCUCUGUUGCAUGAGUGCAUUUGCAGCGAGCGGGAUUUCAGUGGCAUGAACCUCUUUGGGUUAUCAGCUCUGAUCAUCUCUCAUUGGUGUCUGAAGGUCAGUUACAUAAGAAACCAUGCUUUAUCAAACCCAAACAAAGGACCAUGAGCAGAUACCAGUGUAUCUUCCAAAAAAUUUUUUUUUUUUUUUUUUUUACUUUUUCUGAGAAAAGUUGUUGGAUUUGCAUCAUUUAUCUGUGUAAAUGACUUGUCCUGGAUUAUUUAUCCUAGAACCAGUAAAGCUUUUAUUUAUUUUACCAGUGAUUAAAAUUUAAUCUCUAAUACAUAUGGCAUAGAUAAGUCACCACAAACCUUUGAGUUAUGCUUGAAUCUGUACAACCAAGAACAUUGGAUUUAUUUAUUUUAUAACUGUUGUUCAGUUUCAGAACAGACAUAAGCUUUUGCUUAUAUACACCAGAAAUGGUUUGUUUGAUGUUUGGUCAGUUUACAUACAUUUCCAUAUUUAUAAAUCCCCCUUGUAGCUCAUGGGUGCAUAUUAAUUUCUGUCCAGAGCUGUAAAAAUGUUGAAAUGAUGUUUGAGUAGCACAGAUAUGAGACAGGUGUAAUAUGAAAAGAAUAAAAUGGGGAUAAGUGAAUUAUGUAAAUGAAGUGCCAUCAUAUGAGGAAAUUGAAAUAAAACAGAAGCACUUACAAUAAACCACAUGCAUUUCAGACAACUGAGCAAAGAAGCUAUUUUUUCUCUGAUUCUUUGAUUGACCAAUAUUAGUAUUUGAGUAAAGGUGCUAAUUCAAGAGGGAAAAUUGUCACAAAAAAGCAAAAUAUAUCCACAUUAAGGUUUUUUUUAGUGGUUUUACUUUUUUAAUCCACUUAGUGAUGAAGCUGUUUAAGUAUUAAAUAUGAUCACAUUGAAUGUAAACAGUUCUGUUUGUUUCUAACUGAAUGUUCAC